AUGAUUGAUGCCACAAAGGAAUCACGCCCUUUGGCGGAGGAAGAAAGGGGCAAGGACAACAUCUUACUAGCAAAAUUGACUUCAAUUCUCAAUCAGGAAGAGAUUUACUGGAAACAGAAGGCUGGAGUAACUUGGCUUAAAGAGGAUGAUGGAAACACCAGCUAUUUUCACUCCGUCACGAAUGGUCACAGAAAUAGGAAUUUCAUUCCUUGGGUUUGGCACGAUAAUCAGAGAGUAGGCGAUAUUGGGAGGAUUAGUGACAUCUUCACCUCCUUUUAUAAAGAUCUCUAUGGUUCCACCAAAGAACAUCGAUUCCAGAUUAACUGGUCUAACCUCCUUGGUACAAAAGAACAAUGUGACCUGACAGCAUUAGACAUCCCGUUCACUCAUGAAGAAAUCAGAGAAGUGGUUUUCGGCAUGAGUGUUGAUAAAGCCCCGGGACCGAAUGGCUUGCCAAUUCUUUUCUUUCAAAAGUUCUGGGAAAUCAUCAAGCUUGACAUUUUUAAGCUUUGUGAUGACUUUUACUGGGGGAAAAGAUAA